AUGGCUACGACCUGGAAUACUUCCAGCGCCAAUGUCGCCGCAAUGGCCCACUUAUUCUGUAUGAAGACGUCGCAAUUAAAUGGGACCGUAAAAUUUGUUAAUAGCAACCAUCGCCAUUCGUACCGUCCAGACGGCCGUCUAGGUGACGGGAAUAGAUGGGUGCUAUCUGUCCCGUCCACCAUCCCGUCCACCGUCCCGUCCACCGUCCCGUCCACCGUCCUGUCCACCGUCCCGUCCACCGUCCCAUCCACCGUCCCGUCCACCAUCCCGUCAGAAUCUUAUCCCAAGUCGAAACGGCGACGGGUAGAGCACCCGUCUAAACGUCCCGUCCAGCCGUCUUGGACAGGUACGGUGCGCAGCCCUACUUUACCCUACCUUGCCUGUGCACCUCAACCCUCUGAGCUCUUGUCAGCCUCUUGGGAUACUUCUCAAGAACCGCACUCCUGUGGGGUUCCAUAUUUGCUUCGGCAUCGUGCCUGGAUUUUCGAGGUCUUUAUCAUGCCCCACUGA